AUGGCUGUUCUUCUGCUUACCAAGAAGAUUAUUAAGAAGAGGGUCAAGAAGUUCAAGAGGCCCACAGUGAUCGAUACCACAGAGUUGGGUGACGUUGAAUGCUUAUAUGUUUUGCAGGAAAGCUGGAGAAGGCCCAAGGGUAUUGAUUCUCGUGUGAGGCGAAAGUUCAAGGGUGUCACUUUGAUGCCCAAUAUUGGUAACGGUUCGGACAAAAAGACCCGUCAUUACCUUCCCAAUGGCUUCAAGAAAUUUGUGGUGCACAAUGUUAAAGAAGUGGAAUUGUUGAUGAUGCACAACAGGACAUACUGUGCUGAAAUCGCACAGAAUGUUUCCACCAGGAAAAGGAAGGAAAUUGUUGAACGCGCAGCACCGCUGGAUGUUGUUGUUUCCAACGGACAAGCCAGGUUACGUAGCCAGGAGGAUGAGUAGAAGUAGAGAGGAUAGUUUUGAAGGGUUGC